CGGCCGACCAACAUACAUGUAGUUAUGGCGGGCCAUAACAAGUUAUGGAUGUUUGUUGGAUGUAUUACCAUCAUUUGCCAUUUGUCGCUGUGUCGGCACUUAUUCGAGCGUACGGUAGACCAUGUUCUGCAAGAGGUCCUCAGGUGUAAUCCGAGCCACCCUGGACUUACCGUGAGCGUGGUAAAAGAUGGGCACGUGCUGCUCUCUAAAGGAUAUGGAGUGAGAGACAAAACUACCCAGGAGCCGGUAACCAACACAACACUGUUCGCCUUGGGCUCCGUCAGUAAAGCUUUCGCUGCAACCCUUCUACUGAAGCAGAUAGCCAAACACAACCUUACCAUUUUUUCUAACGUGGCCGACAUUUUAGGAAAUGGUUUCCAGUUUUCUACAAGCCUUCGAACAGAAUAUGCGGCGAUCAGGGACCUUUUGUCUCACACCAUGGGGUUUCCAAGUCACAACAUGAUUCAUCUCGACCCGACAUUAACACUUCAAACAUUACCCAGACGCAUGAAAUAUUUGAAGGCGAACUACCCUUUCCAAAGUGUAUACGAAUAUAACAAUCUUAUGUAUGGAUUGGUCACUGCUAUAUCAGAAAAACUCGGAAGGAAAUCAUGGGAGAAACUUGUCCAGAACAGCUUAUAUACACGUCUAGGAAUGACAUCCUCUUCAUUCCUUUCAACCGUUGACGUCAACGUGUCAAAGGUCGCGCAAGGAUAUGUCACCGUCCAAGACACAGGACAUAGCCACGCUGUUCCUUUUGAUUUACUCAGAGCUUGGAGUAAUAUGGUGGGUGCAAUAGGUGUUAUGAGUAAUGCAGAAGACAUGACGAAAUGGAUGAUGUUUCAUCUCAAUGGUGGAAGAAGAAUCUCGGGGGAGCAGGUUGUGGACAGUGAGGUGCUAUCCCCUAUGUAUUAUCCCCGGAAUCCCAUCCGACAUUCCUCUAUUGCCAAGUACUUCAGCAGACCCAAAGUGCCAGUCACGACAACCGAGUACAGUUACGCAUUUGGAUGGAGGAAUGGCUACUACCGAGGAUACCCAAUCCUCCGCCACACCGGAACCAUUUCCGGGUUCUCAUCUCUUCUUACACUCUUCCCCGAUUCCGACAUUGGAAUAUUUACAUCCAUGACCGGUUCCGAUCCCUCAUACAUUCUAAGAACGCUGCUUCACAACUACCUUGCUGACAUCGCGUUAGGAGAAACCCCCUGGUUAAACGAAACGACAGUAUGUACUUUCCCAGAACCAUGGAUGAAGAAGACGUCACAUUGUCUUCUGUAAUUAGAAACGAACCUCCCAUUCCAUCGUGAUAUCAACCAGUAUGUCGGCUCCUAUCACAACGAUCUGUACGGAACGAUUACCCUGCAUGUGUCUUCACCUCACCAUCAUCUAGUGAUGCAAUAUGGCAUCGCCCGCUGGUAUCUCUAUCCCAAACAUUCCGCCGACAACUUCAGCGGGAAAGGCAAUGGGCUGGCAGCCGUCGUGUAUGAUCUAGAUUCCAUUGUUUUCCACACUGUAACGCAUGGCCUCAUCCAUAGCAUGGUUAUCCCCAGCUUCGAAUCAUCUGAUCCACCAGUGUUCAUCAAGAAAUCUUCUCAGACAACUUCACACCACGGAACGUCUUUUGGUUAAGCUGUAAUCUUUCAAACAUGUCGUAUAUUGUUCUCCUUUUUAAACAAAUAUAUGACAAUGGGCAACCAUUAUUUUAACGUAUUAAUUGUCAUUUUGUAUGCAUGUAUCUAACAUUUAUAUAUGAUUAAAGGAUCAGUUUAAAUAUAA